GUCGGUCGUUCGUUCCCCACCUUCCAGCCACGAGAGAGACUCGCGCCACCGACGUCGACGGCCACCGUCGGCCGCAGUUACACCGUGUCCGUUCGCGCAUUCGCGUUCAAUUUGAAUCCGCGCGGUGCGCGUGCCCGAGCCGACCCCCUAGCCACCCUAGCACGCACGCCAACAUCCCCUCGCUAGGGAUCUUCGAACGCACGCUUGUGCGCACGCGCGAUCGAAAGUAGAGUGCUCGUUGCAGACGCGCGCGCGCGCGCUCGUUCGUGUCAGCGACGUGUCGGUUGGCUCCGGCUGGUUAAUUCGUCCUUCAGCUGAGGGUGAGGGCCAUGUCCAUCGUCCGCGCGAUCGCGGGAUCGUCCUCGUCGGCUGCCGGAAGAGACGCGUGAUUCGGCCCGAGUCGGUCGAUCGAUCGGUCGAUCGAUCGUCCGUUCGUUCGUUGAUUCGUUUGUUCGGUCGUUCGUGGAACCGCGGCGCCACGAUUGCGUUUGUAAUUAGACCAGCGCGAAGAGAGGAGGCAAAGGGUCGGGGAUCUCGCAAGACACGGAAGGGGCGGUAACGAGAUAUCGCGAGAGAUCGUCGCGCGGGAGAGUCACGCCGGAGUCGGCAGCUGACAGUGUGUUGGUUGUGAUCAGUGAUCGUACGGAAAUUCAUGCAUACGGCGGUACCGCGCGGAAGAACGCGAGAGAACGGCUGCCGGAAGUCGCACGCGCGGACAAGAGGCGCACGCCAUCGAUCUGUCGAGUCCGGGUCCACCAUCGCAUCACAGCCGCCGCUUCCCUUCGCCGUCGGCCGAGAUCGCUGAGAUCGGUGAGCGAAUAAGUGUGCACCGUCUACGUACGUGCGUGGAGCGUCGCGCUCUCCGACAAGUCAUUCGUCAUCGUGACGAUGCUGAGGAACUUGCCGGCUGCUGCGAUGGAAACAUGAAGACCGUGACAAAUCGCGCAUCCGAUCGAGGAAGCUCCACUCCUAUCGACCAUAAAUGACCGAUGUGACGCAACCAGUCAGGAAUAUUUUUAUGCAAAAUGACUCGCGCCCUUGUCCUUCUCUGCAUGGCCAUCAUUCUACCUCUCGUACGAUGCCACAAGAUCCACGAGCACAUGACAAGGGAAGAGAUGCUAUCGGUGUUUUACACAGGACACGAGUCCGUGCCGCCGUACGAAGUCGUGCCUGUGUUGCACACGAUGCACAAGAGGAGCAUAGACGCGAAGCAGCAGAUUCACCUGAAGGCUUUCGGCAAGGAUAUCAGUCUUUCGUUGAAGCCGACAGAAGGUCUGUUGACAGCUAACAGCCUGCCAAUGUGGACCGUCACCAGGAACACGUCGCAGCCUGACGGUCUUCAUUACGAGAGGGUGAAGGAUGUUGACGUGGAUAUCGGUGACAUCUAUCAAGACACGGAGAACAUGGCUUCCAUUCUGCUGCACCAGGACACGAAUGGGAAAGUGCGCGUUGACGGAACUAUCGGUUCAGAAUUAGUUAUACGGCCACUGCCAGAACGGGUUCUGCAAGAAGUAGUGAGCAAAGCGCCGGCUCUUGGGGAACCCGCACUACUGCCCAAUCUCACCGAGAGCGACGAUCUGAGACGUACGAGUCACCACAUCGUUUUCAGGAAGGUGGAUCGACCCGCCGGUGACGAGUACAGCGACUUUUCGCUCAUGGAACCCGAUCACCUAGCCAAGAGGUAUAGGAUGAAGCGUUCGACCAGUGACAGGUCGAAGCGCGAAGCACCAUACGUCAUUUACCCGGAAAUCCUUUGUAUCGUGGAUUACGAUGGGUACAGAUUGCACGGCGGCGAUAACGUGCAGAUAAAGAGAUACUUCGUAUCUUUUUGGAACGGAGUAGAUCUGAGGUACAAAUUACUGAAAGGUCCGAAAAUACGUAUCAGUAUAGCGGGAAUAAUCAUCUCACGGGGACGGGACGCGACGCCGUACUUAGAAAGGAAUCGCGUGGGAAGAGACGCAAUCGACUCGGCAGCCGCUCUGACUGACAUGGGCAAAUAUCUUUUCCGGGAGAGGAGGCUUCCUGUGUAUGACAUCGCCGUUGCCGUUACAAAAUUAGAUAUGUGCAGGAGGCAAUACGCGAAUGACGUGUGCAAUAGAGGAACCGCAGGAUUCGCGUACGUCGGCGGGGCAUGCGUGGUGAACAAACGUCUCGAAAAGGUCAAUUCGGUCGCUAUCAUCGAAGAUACCGGCGGAUUCAGCGGCAUCAUCGUCGCUGCCCACGAAGUGGGUCACUUAUUGGGUGCCGUUCACGAUGGCUCACCUCCGCCCAGCUAUCUAGGUGGACCAGGUGCUGAAAAAUGUCGUUGGGAAGACGGGUACAUCAUGAGCGACCUCAGACAUACUGAGAAAGGUUUCAAGUGGUCUCACUGCAGUGUGUCCUCUUUCCAUCACUUCUUAAACGGUGAUACAGCGACCUGCUUAUACAAUGCGCCUCACGAGGACGAGGCACUGCCCCGAGUGCUUCCGGGGAAACUGUUGUCCUUAGACGCGCAAUGUCGGAAGGAUCGUGGGACGAGCGCCUGUUUCAAAGAUGACCGAGUUUGCGCUCAGCUUUUCUGUUUUGACGCCGGGUCUGGAUAUUGCGUGGCGUAUCGUCCAGCAGCGGAAGGCUCGCCUUGUGGGGACGGUCAGUAUUGCCUGAAUGGAAAGUGCGUAGCGGAGCACGAAAACAUAAUACCGGACUACACGCAGAACAUUCCGACGUAUGUACGCCGAGACAGCAUUUUCAGUCCUACGUUGCACAACCGGCCGAUAUUCGCUCAAUAUAACAGCACUGACUACAGGUACCCCCAGGACUCAACAACACAGAGCACGCCACUAUCGAAAUUAAAACAUUCCUCGCCGUUCGCGAACGUAAUCGCGUCGACAGCGACGACGGCCAAGACGACGACGACGACGACGACGACGACAAUGACGACGACGACCAAGACCAAGACCAAGACCAAGACGAUAACGACGUCGACGACGACUAAUCCGUACAAACACGUUAUAGCACCGUUCGUCGUGGCCACACCUACGCUGCCGAAAUACACACAGACGACCGUCGAUAGUCUCUGUAGCAAUCGAUAUAAGUCUAGAUAUAACGAUAGCAGUAACGGUAAUAGUGGUAGUUGUAAUAUGACUGGCAACGUCAGCACCACCACUAAGAGAAGCGUGAAUCUCUUUAAUUCGCUACAUUACACUGGCAGUACCGUUCCGAAGGUCACUGCUGGUCCGUUCAAGUAUAAGAACACGGUCAGCGUGAUGUCGCUUUCCACGAUGACCAAAGGAUAUCAGAAAAGCCUCCGAAAUGGCGGCCGCGGAAUAGAGGCCGGUGAAUGCACGGACAUAGGGUCAGAUUGCGCGGAGCUGAUUGACAGGCUGAGAACAUGGCUGUGCCAUCUACAAUCUGUGAAGAGUCGCUGCUGCGCAUCCCUGAAGACGAUCUGUGCUGAUUAAUAAUAUAAAAAAGUAAAAAAAGGCGAAAAAUCGGUUCGAUCAUUUGCUCGUUCGGUGACGUCGCGCUUACUAAACAACGGCCGCGUCACGCCAUUCCGGCGAAUAGAAUGAAACGGAAGAAGCUCGAAGCCGAACCGACGAUCGUCGAUCCUCUCUGUCUCUCGGGCAGACUCUUCGUCAAAGUUCUCGACGUUCUUGCGGUUCUUACGAUCGGGACGAGCGCGACCACAUUCGACUCUUCGAGUAGCUACGUAUAUCUCGCUCUCUCCCUCUCUCCCUCUCUCUCUCUCUCUCUCUCUCUCUCUCUCUCUCUCUCUCUCUCUCUCUCUCUUCUCCCUCCUUUUCUUCUCUUCGUUUCUAUUCUCUUCUAUUUUUUUCCUUUUCCUCUCGUUGCCUCUAUCUGUUUAUCUUUUUUUCAUAUCCGCACUAUCCAGAUAUCAUUCAUUUAUAUUGUAGAUACAAUACCGCCGGAGUUUUGCUGCGGACGUACCGGAUAGUGAUCUAAGAGCAGAGUGGACUGACUGUCAAUCGGUACGAUAUUCGACCGCGAAUAUAAUUUAUUCGAUAAGAAGCAGAUCUCGCUAAAGAUUCGCUUUACCCGAGGCAUGGGUGGGUCGUGUGUGCGUUUGACGAGCGCGCGCGCGCGCACUUGCGCGAAAGAAGCCAUUCGAAGAUCAUGGAAAUUGUUUAAUGCAAGACAAUAAAUGGGAAUACUUAAGAUCAAACGUGUUAUAUGUACCCGUCUA